AUGGUGCCCGCCUCGUCUUGCAGCAAACUGUUCGUGGGAGGUCUCAGCUGGGACACAACCGAUGAGGGUUUGAGGAAAUAUUUCUCGGAAUUUGGAAAGGUCGAGGACUGUACGAUUUUGCGUGACCACGAUGGGAGGUCUCGUGGAUUCGCCUUUCUCACCUUUGAAGAUCCAAGUUCGGUCAAUAAUGUCAUGAUCCGGGAACAUGUCCUGGACGGUAAAGCUAUUGACCCAAAACGCGCGAUUCCUCGUGAGGAACAUCUGCGCAAUACCCGGUAUUUUGUGGGUGGACUGUCGCAUGCUACAACAUCUGAGUCCAUGAAGGCCUUUUUUGGCACCUAUGGCAAGGUCGUUGAUGCUACCGUUAUGGUGGACCGAGAAACUGGGCGAUCAAAAGGUUUUGGAUUUGUCACCUUCGAGGAUGCGAGCAAUACAGAGCAACUGGUCAGCAAAGGUCAACUUGUUCUGGAUGACAAGGAGAUCGAGGUGAAAGUAGCACAGCCCCGAAGUCAGCGCGACCUUGCACGAAGCACGAAGCCCACGCAUGAGCCAGGCGUCAUCGGUGUGGACACCGGAUCAUCAGCCUCUAGCAUGGGCUUUGCGUCUCCUCAGCAAGCAACGAUCAAUCCCCAGCAGAUGGCCAUGAUGUACCAGCGUAUGAUGGGCCAAAUGCCUAUGGCAGCUGGUAUGCCUGCGAUGGGAAUGAGCCCGAUGGGUAUGUCAAUGCCCGCGUUCAAUGGCGGCAACGGCAUGCCAGGCAUGGUGUCCAUGGGUCCGGUCAACCCUCAGAUGAACGACUUCAGCAUGGGCGGGAACAUGGGCGGGGGCAUGGGAAAUCCAAUGAACGGCGGGAUGGCCGGAGGAAUGGCCAGCGGCAUGGCGAGCGGUAUGGCUAGUGGGAUGGCUGGUGGGAUGGGAACAGGAAUGGCUGGUGGCAUGCCCAGCGGAAUGGGUGUCGGAAUGGGCGGAGGCAUGACCAAUGGGAUGAUGGGAGGCAUGGGUGGGAGCAUGGGAGGCAUUGGAGGUGUCAUGGGCGCCGGGAUGCGGAUGGGUAUGGGUCCUAUGGCGAUGAGCCCGCCAGCGAUGGGCAUGAGGCCUUUCAUGGGCAAUCCCGCUAUGAUGAGGCAAGGCAUGAGUAUGAUGGCGCCCAUGAGCCCGAUGGCCAGGGCACGCGGAGGAGCGAUGAUGAAUACUGGAGUCGGCCCUGCAAGAAGUAUGGCUCGUGGGCAGCACAGUUUUCAUCCAUACGCGCGAUAG